GGAGGUAGCGGUGGCGGGAUGAGAGAGGGACAGCAGCGGGGACCGAGAGAAGGAGGUGGAGUCUGUCUGUCCCAGUCUGCAUCUGGCCCGCUCCCCUCUCUGUCACCCCGGGCCAAACCCGCCCAGCUCCUCUCACUCUCUCUCCGCCUGUCCUCCCGCACGGCUCGGCUCGGCUCGGCUCGGCCCAGGACGCACCAACCCGCCCACCAACCCACCCAGGCUCACACACACCGAGAGGACUCGGCAUGGACACGGAAGGGAGCCAGAGCAGCCUGUCCGUCACGGACUCCCCUCACGACCCCUGCAAAAUGUUCAUAGGUGGACUCAGCUGGCAAACAACACAAGAGGGUCUGAAGGAGUACUUCUGCAAGUACGGCGAGGUGAAAGAGUGUAUGGUGAUGCGAGAUCCGGUUACCAAGCGCUCGAGGGGUUUCGGAUUUGUCACCUUCGUGGACCAGGCCGGCGUGGACAAAGUUUUGGCCCAGAGCAGACACGAGCUGGACUCCAAAACAAUUGAUCCAAAGGUGGCUUUCCCUCGGAGAGCUCAGCCCAAGCUGGUGACUCGAACCAAGAAGAUCUUUGUGGGCGGCCUGUCGGUCAACACAACUAUCGAAGACGUGAAGCAAUACUUUGAUCAGUUUGGCAAGGUUGACGAUGCCAUGCUCAUGUUCGACAAGACCACAAACAGGCACAGAGGGUUCGGAUUUGUGACAUUCGAGAACGAGGAUGUGGUUGAGAAGGUUUGCGAGAUCCACUUCCACGAAAUCAACAACAAAAUGGUGGAGUGCAAGAAGGCUCAACCCAAGGAGGUGAUGUCCCCCACGGGCUCAGCCAGGGGGCGCUCUCGCGUGAUGCCCUACGGGAUGGACGCCUUCAUGCUCGGAAUCGGCAUGCUGGGUUAUCCCGGCUUCCAGACCGCCACUUACACCAGUCGGAGCUACGCGGGCAUCACUCCUGGAUACACCUAUCAGUUCCCUGAGUUCCACUUAGAGAGGACUCCCCUUCUGACUUCACCCCACCCCCCUGAGCUCACAGCCAUUCCUCUCACAGCGUAUGGACCAAUGGCAGCGGCGGCGGCAGCAGCGGCAGUCGUUAGAGGCUCCACCCCUUCUCGCACAGCAGGAUUUUUAGGAACUAGCAGCCCGGGUCCGAUGGCAGACCUGUACGGAACGGCCAGCCAGGAGUCGGCUGUCAGCAGCUACCUCAGCGCUGCGAGCCCAGCCCCGAGCACCGGCUUCAGCCACAGUUUGGGGGGCCCUUUGAUUGCCACCGCCUUCACUAACGGCUAUCACUGAGAGCUGCAGAGCCGCAGACUGAGAGCUGGAAGGAGUUGAAGCUACGCUGGAGCUGAUCUGGUCCGUCUCUGUCCAGUCCACGUCUCCCCCUGCUGUGUUCGGGUGGCUGAACCUUCGCCCCCCCCUCCCCGCCCGGUGUCAGCCGCAUCCCAGCCCACAUUACUGACACCACACUAAACUCCACCUUAACCAUCACUUUGCAGAGAAAAAAAAAGAAGAAGCGUAUCACUACAUGUUAUAGCAACACUUUCAGAUGCUGUAUUUUUUUUGUUGUUGUUUUUGUCAUGUUUUCUCCUGCUGUUUUCCUGUUUUUAGCUGUAUUUUAUUUAGUUUAUUGUCCUCUCCCAAAGGAUCACUGAGAGAAGACUAGUUAGGUCUCCAACAUGCCUGUUUCAAGCUGUAAAAUGACUGUAUAUUUCUCUAUUUUACGCUGAUUUUCAACACUUAAUACUAAUUUUUUUCUGAAAUUAUGUCAGGAACUGUUUAUCUGGGUAGGUUUUAACCAUGAGUUGUUACACUAAUUAUUGUCUUAGCGGCGCGGACAAAUUUACGGCCCCCAGUAAAAGUCGCUAAAAAGCUUUAAAUGACAUUCAUCUUUUAUUGCAGUAGCAUAAUCUCACACUGAAGAAUGUAGAAAAUCCCAACCUGUAA